UCAAUGAUAUGAAUUAUCCUACUUGAUAACGAUAUUACAUACUACGUUACAAAGCUGAAAUGUUUCUUAUAUAUUGUUUUCUGGUUUUGUUAACAAUCUUUAUUCUUUUUAAGUUAAAAAGAAAGCAAAAACAAAAUGGAAAGAAACCUCCGGGUCCGAAAGGUGUUCCUGUGUUCGGAAAUGCGUUGGAAAUUAACGAAGAAAACAUCUUAGACAAAUUAUUCGAGUAUGCGGAAGAAUAUGGGGAUAUAUUUGAAAUAAAACUUCUGCAUGAAACUUUGAUCUGUCUGAAUUCUGAAGGGAUAAUUCGCAAAGCGUUAGCAGGCGAGCCUUAUAAACGGUACAUGAACGAUAGGUCAAAAUUUUUCUUUGCUGAAGCAAUGUAUAAUGGAAGCCAGAGCGUAGUGUUUUAUGGAGACGCACACAGCAAAGUUUACAAUGGAAUGCGAAAAGGUGUAAUCAAAGCUCUGCACGUUUACGGACAAGAAGGCUUCAAUGAAUUUGAGGAGAAAAUCAAACAGGAGCUUGAUCGUCUCAGCAGAAAGAUUGCGUCAUUUGGUGACCACGACUUUGAUGCUGUCGCACUUUUGAAACGGUCGCUAACUAAUGUCGUUUCUCUGGUGCUUAGUGGAGAAACAAUUGAAGAUGAUGACGAGGAAGUGAAUAUAUUCUGGGACUUCAUAGAGGGUGUCAACUACUUUGUUUCUCCCAGUGUCAACAAUAUCCUAACCUUUUUACCAUUCCUGCGAUUUGCUCCCGGUUUCAGGGGUAAAUUCAACCAUAUGUGUAAUGGAAAAGAAAAACUAGCUGAAAGAUUUUUUAGAAAACGGAAGGACAAAAUGAAUGGCUGUUCAAAAGGUCUGGUCGACUUUCUAAUAGAAGACCAAAGACAAUCAAUAGAACAAGGACAAGAAGUCAUAUUCACCGAUGAAAGAAUUAUCUUUACUGUCCUGGAGACUGUUGCUGCAGGAACUCUAACAACUCUCUCCGUACUAGCUAGUACAUUGCUAUGUUUGGUCAACUACCCGGAGUAUCAGGAUAAAGUUUUUAGGGAAGUGGAUAGAACUAUUGGCAGAGGACGUCCGCCGGUCCACACAGACAAGCCUAAUUGCCCUCAUUUAGAAGCAUUAGAACUUGAAGUUCACAGACUUCUGACAGUGGUGCCUAUCUUGGCAGGUCGCAUAUGUACGCAAGAUCUUAAUCUAGAAGGAUAUGAUGUGUCUAAAGGAACACUGCUAUUUGCAAAUAUUUGGCGUAUUCAUCAUGAUCCGAAUAUAUGGGGAGAUCCGUGGAACUUCCGCCCUGAACGAUUCCUGGGAGCUGACGGUCAACUGCUUCCAAGAGAUCACGUCUUCCGACGAAACUGUAUUCCAUUUGCAGUAGGUAGAAGACAAUGCCUUGGGGAACAGUUUGCAAAAUCAAGAUAUUUUCUGUAUAUGGCCACGUUGCUAGGGCGGUGGAAAUUUGUUGGCUCACCCGGAAAAUUUGGGUCAUGCGAUGCAAGAACGAGGAAAGACAUGGACACUAAUACAACAAUUAGACCAAAGCCAUUCUUCUGUACAGCAGUAAAAAGAUUCUAGAUUGAUUUGUUUGCAAAAGUUAAUAUCGGAUGGUGUAAAGAGUUUUGACAUUGAUUCAUACUAUAAAACAGACAUGUUAUAUAUCUAUCCAAAAUAAUUCAUUGCCACCUUGAUUUUCUGAUGAUUAGAUUAUCAGUAAUUUGCUGAUAAGAUUAAAUGUACAAUAUACUUUUCAUGUCGUGAAGUGUGAGACAUUGUUAUAAUGAUAAAGGAAACAGUGGAAGAAUAUAUAAUGACUGACGCAUUUACGCAUUUGUUCUGCGGUACAUUUUUGGUAUAUUUUAUGAAAUUCUUUAUUAAUUUUGAUUUCAAUAACAAUAAGUAAGGGGAUGUAAAUUGUUGUUAUAUGGUAUGAAAUUCUUUUAAUUUUGAUUUCUAAUAAGUAUAUGUAUUUGGGAGUCUAAGCAAUGUGACAUGUCCAGACAUAUAACAUGUUAAGAUAGAUCUAAACAAAUAAAAGAUAGAUAUAUAAUUGAAUAACGGUAUUUGCAAAUUGGAAAUCUCUUGUCUGAAGAUGUCUAGCACUAUAUCACUUUAAUAAUACAUUAUCUGCGGUUAUGCAUAAGGACCUUUGAACAGAAAUAUCUAACUGAGAUGUCAAACACAUUGUACAAUAGACAUACUAGUUACAUGACUUUAAUCAAACACAUUUUUACAAUUAGCACACUAGUUACAUGACUUUUAAUCAGUAAAUAGGGAUUAGAUUGUGCCAUCAAAGAUUUACUUAGACACCAUUUUUCUGUAUUACGGGCAGUUUUAUGGCAGUUAAUUUGCUUACUUGCCAAAUCCUGUUUUAGGGUCCGAGACGAACCAGUUUUUAUGUACGCAUUUUUCAUUGGUCAGUUGAAUUUAUAAUAAGAUUUUUAAUUGGAUAAUUUCGAAGAAAUCAACCGUUUCCAAAUCCUUACUAAGCACAUCAGCUACCCCGAGAAAGCCAAAACUCUGGCUUCGUAGAAAAAUAAAUGUUAUUCGGAGCUGACAAGAUUUUUAUUCUUUUUAUAGGUAAGUCAAAUUUUGUACUCUGUAUUGGUAACUUUUAAAUUUUAACAGAGAUCCUAUCUUAAUGCUAGGCACAUGUGUAUUGGAAUUUUUUGUUUUAUAUCUAUCCAGCUAUUCAGAAAACUACUUAGUAUUUUUGUUCAUGUGUAAGAUUUGUAUUUCUAUAGCUUAGUUUUAUACAUAUGUAUUUAACUUUUCAGAAAACUUCAAAGUAUAUUUGUUUAUGAGUAAAAUUUAGCAGAUUCUUUUUACUGUUGAUUUACAGAAAUUAUGUUUUAAAAUUAAGGCUGAACUAUUUAUUAUUCACAUAGAGAAAAGAAGCGUAUUCAGUACUCUAAUUUCUCGAUCACUUAAAGCGUACUUUCAUUGAGAACUUGUUUAAUUUGCGUGUUUCGUCUAUUUGAAUAAUAUUCUAGGCAUUGAGUACUCUUUGUAGGAAAACAAAUUUAGAUGUAUAUUGGAAGAAAACUAAAACAAACUGAAAAUAUAACUUUAAGGUAUUCCAAAGCAUGUAGAAAAAUAAUUUAGAAUACAUGGUAAUUGUGUUGCAUGAAUGUUGAUUUAAUGUAAGAAACCAGAAUGGUAGGAUUUUUGCUUGUGUAUAUUAAAACUAUAUAUAUUUGUUGAUAAACUUAGGGUAUGAUUUUCUGGUUCAUUAAAGAAUUAGUGUGACUUUAAUCAAACACAUUUUUACAAUUAGCACACUAGUUACAUGACUUUUAAUCAGCAAAUAUGGAUUAGAUUCUGUCAUCAAAGAUUUACUUAGACACCAUUUUUCUGUAUUACGGGCAGUUUUAUGGCAGUUAAUUUGCUUACUUGCCAAAUCCUGUUUUAGGGUCCGAGACGAAACAGUUUUUAUGUACGCAUUUUUCAUUGGUCAGUCAAAUUUAUAAUAAGAUUUUUAAUUGGAUAAUUUCGAAGAAAUCAACCGUUUCCAAAUCCUUUAUAAGCACAUCAGCUACCCCGAGAAAGCCAAAACUCUGGCUUCGUAGAAACAUAAACGUUAUUGGGAGCUGACAAGAUUUUUAUUCUUUUUAUAGGUAAGUCAAAUUUUGUACUCUGUUUUGGUAACUUAAAUUUUAACAGAGAUCCUAUCUUAAUGCUAGGCACAUGUGUAUUGGAAUUGUUUGUUUUAUAUCUAUCCAGCUAUUCAGAAAACUACUUAGUAUUUUUGUUCAUGUGUAAGAUUUGUAUUUCUAUAGCUUAGUUUUAUACAUAUGUAUUUAGCUUUUCAGAAAACUUCAAAGUAUAUUUGUUUAUGAGUAAAAUUUAGCAGAUUCUUUUUACUGUUGAUUUACAGAAAUUAUGUUUUAAAAUUAAGGCUGAACUAUUUAUUAUUCACAUAGAGAAAAGAAGCGUAUUCAGUACUCUAAUUUCUCGAUCACUUAAAGCGUACUUUCAUUGAGAACUUGUUUAAUUUGCGUGUUUCGUCUAUUUGAAUAAUAUUCUAGGCAUUGAGUACUCUUUGUAGGAAAACAAAUUUAGAUGUAUAUUGGAAGAAAACUAAAACAAACUGAAAAUAUAACUUUAAGGUAUUCCAAAGCAUGUAGAAAAAUAAUUUAGAAUACAUGGUAAUUUUGUUGCAUGAAUGUUGAUUUAAUGUAAGAAAUCAGAAUGGUAGGAUUUUUGUUUGUGUAUAUUAAAACUAUAUAUAUUUGUUGAUAAACUUAGGGUAUGAUUUUCUGGUUCAUUAAAGAAUUAGUGUGACUUUAAUCAAACACAUUUUUACAAUUAGCACACUAGUUACAUGACUUUUAAUCAGCAAAUAGGGAUUAGAUUCUGUCAUCAAAGAUUUACUUAGACACCAUUUUUCUGUAUUACGGGCAGUUUUAUGGCAGUUAAUUUGCUUACUUGCCAAAUCCUGUUUUAGGGUCCGAGACGAACCAGUUUUUAUGUACGCAUUUUUCAUUGGUCAGUCAAAUUUAUAAUAAGAUUUUUAAUUGGAUAAUUUCGAAGAAAUCAACCGUUUCCAAAUCCUUUAUAAGCACAUCAGCUACCCCGAGAAAGCCAAAACUCUGGCUUCGUAGAAACAUAAACGUUAUUGGGAGCUGACAAGAUUUUUAUUCUUUUUAUAGGUAAGUCAAAUUUUGUACUCUGUUUUGGUAACUUAAAUUUUAACAGAGAUCCUAUCUUAAUGCUAGGCACAUGUGUGUUGGAAUUGUUUGUUUUAUAUCUAUCCAGGUAUUCAGAAAACUACUUAGUAUUUUUGUUCAUGUGUAAGAUUUGUAUUUCUAUAGCUUAGUUUUAUACAUAUGUAUUUAGCUUUUCAGAAAACUUCAAAGUAUAUUUGUUUAUGAGUAAAAUUUAGCAGAUUCUUUUUACUGUUGAUUUACAGAAAUUAUGUUUUAAAAUUAAGGCUGAACUAUUUAUUAUUCACAUAGAGAAAAGAAGCGUAUUCAGUACUCUAAUUUCUCGAUCACUUAAAGUACUUUCAUUGAGAACUUGUUUAAUUUGCGUGUUUCGUCUAUUUGAAUAAUAUUCUAGGCAUUGAGUACUCUUUGUAGGAAAACAAAUUUAGAUGUAUAUUGGAAGAAAACUAAAACAAACUGAAAAUAUAACUUUAAGGUAUUCCAAAGCAUGUAGAAAAAUAAUUUAGAAUACAUGGUAAUUUUGUUGCAUGAAUGUUGAUUUAAUGUAAGAAAUCAGAAUGGUAGGAUUUUUGUUUGUGUAUAUUAAAACUAUAUAUAUUUGUUGAUAAACUUAGGGUAUGAUUUUCUGGUUCAUUAAAGAGUUAGUCUCUAGGCUCGGUGAAUUAUUUGUCAUUUUCUAAAGUUUAUUGAUCGUUUAUUGAAUGUAUGAUUGAUGUUAUGUAUGCGAUUUAUAUGAAUGUUUAUAUAAAAGAAACAACAAAAAAAACCCAAAAAACUCUGGCUUCGUAGAAAAAUAAAUGUUAUUGGGAGCUGACAAGAUUUUUAUUC